CGCCUCGCCUCGCCCCGCCCGCCCGGGCCGGAUCCCCGCUACUUUCCCCGCUGCCGAGGAUGGCGAGCGCUUUGGCUGCCUUAGCAGCAGCCCGUGGCCGGGCGCUGCUCCUGGGCGCGCUGCUCUCCCAGCUGGGCCCCUGCUCAGGUAAUUCAGAACUGUCAACAGCAGUUAAUAUAACUUGGUCAUCAAUCAAUUUCAAAACAAUACUACAGUGGCAACCCGAGCCAACCAACUAUGUCUAUACAGUAGAAAUAUCUGGAAUCAACUCAAACUGGGAAAAAGUGUGCGUCCACACAAAAGAAACAGAGUGUGACGUUACUGACAAACUGGAGAAGGUAAAAGACACCUAUACUGCACACAUAGUGUCUGAAAUGCUUUCAGGGACAGAAAAGUUUGAGGAGCCGUCCUACGCAAUCGCCCCAAAAUUCACACCUUACAAUCAGACUACAAUUGGGAGACCAGAGAUUCAAACUUAUGAACUAACUGACUCCAAGCUGAAAGUGUUGGUUGAAGAUCCACUUACACCAUACAGAUUUACCAAUAAAAGCUUUAAAAGUAUCAGAGAGAUUUUUAAAAAUGACCUGGAAUAUACACUCUAUUAUUGGAAAGAUCAAAGUACAGGAAAGAAAGAGGCAACAACAAAAAGUAAUCAAUUUGAAAUAAGCAUUGACAAAGGGAAGAACUACUGCUUUUAUGUACAGGCAAUUAUUCUCUCUCGCAGAGAGAACCGCAAAAGUCAAGAGAGCAAGAUGAAUUGUACCAGCCAUGAGAGAAAUGUUUUGGAUGAGUAUGGAACCGAAGUGUUUAUUAUCAUAGCAGCUGCAGCCAUUGUAAUCCUUAUUAUAAUCAUUGGCUUGUCUGUGACCCUGUAUAAAUGCAAGAAAACAAAAGCUGCAAAGGAAAAAGAAACCAUGCCACUUAAUGAUAUUUAGGAAAAACACAAGAAGUGCCUUUUGUUACUAUUUCAAAUGCUGCUGCAUUCCCAGACAGAAAAGCUUAUGGUACUUGAAGGGAAAAAACUGCUGUCUCUAAAUAUUAUUAGCCUUUACUUAAGUGUAAAGGAACACUUCCCGUUUCUGUGAAACAUUUUGUUUUUUUUAUAUUUUAAAGCAAAAAACACUACUAUUGUUUUAAUUUUAACAAUGUUAAACUGAUGAAAUGUUAGCUCACAAAUAUGAAAAUACUACUAUUCCUUCUGCACUUCAUGGAGAAGUCAAUUUUAAAUUGGUUAUUCUGUAUAUCAGUUGAUAUAAGUUAUCAAAACUAAAUGACUGUGUCUAUAUGACAUCCUAACAACUUCACUUGUGAGGAAGUGAGAGUACCAUAUCAAAAACUAACAUUCAAAACCAUAAUACAACAGAUCCAAACUUCUAACAAUCAAUAUAGAGACAGAAUUGCCUGUCUAAACUGUAAAAUAUACUUUAGGCAACUCCAGGUGCUAAACUGAGUACUUUGCAAUUCAUUUGAAUCAAUAGGUAACUAAUUUCCUGCACAUACUCAAUAGGAAGAAGAAUUUAGCACUUAUAUUUUAUACUGAUGAUUAAACACUUGAGAGAUCACUAUUUUAUUUUUAUAAUGGGAUGUCUAUAUAAAUGAACUACUUGGGUGAUGUGAUUUAGAGGUACCUCAUACUACUACAGUUUCUAAUAUAUUUAUGAUUUUUAUAAAUGGGAAUUUUUAUAUUGGUGAUAUUUGUAUAUAUUGUGUUAACUUAUUUAAUAUAAUUUCUUACUGAAAUAAAGGUGAAUGGAAAAACAAGA